AUGGGUUAUCAUGGGAAACCAAGCAAAGGCUGCGGCAUGUGCCGCCAACGCAAGAUACGCUGCGACGAAGCCCGACCGGCCUGCGCUCAAUGUAUUCGAACCAACCGACAAUGUCCAGGCUAUCGAGAUCAGCUCGAGCUGAUCUUUCGUGACGUAACGGCUCAUGUCGCGAGAAAGGCCAUCACAUCCAGCUCCGCGUCCUCAUCGUCGGCAUCGGCCGCAUCUGCGCCGGACCCUCAUAAACGCCAAGCCCCACCACAUUCAUCUCGCUACUUCAAACAUGGCCGAAAUAUGGCACCGUCGAUUUCCAGCUCCGGUACUUCUUUUGCCGACUCCAUUGUUGACUUCAACUCUGACCCGAACGACCGAGUUCCUAUGUAUCAAUUCAGACCGAGCCCGGUGAUUAUGAGUCCCUCUCGGGGCCUUUCAAAACAAGAAGCGAUAUGUUUCUUCCUCCAGUCCCAUGCAAUUCCGGGGAGUCAUUUGAUGGCGGAUAAUUUGACCAAGUUCCUCAUGGAGCCGGGUGGUUCCUUGGGUCAGCAAGCGAUACAAUCCAGUGUUGUGGCUGUAGCGAGUGCCAUGCUUUCGCGGGUCCGCAAGGAGCCCUCAUUAAGACAGACUGCUCGUUUAGAAUAUGGCAAUUCGCUGAGGUUGAUCAACGGGGCGCUGGCGGACCCUGUUGAGUCCAAGACAAAUCAAGCUCUGGGUGCAGUUAUUCUAAUGGCGCUUUAUGAAGUCGUUGUAUCGAGAGCUCCGCAAGGUAUCGAAGGCUGGACAAACCAUAUCUCGGGAGCUGCAGCCCUCCUUGAGCAUCGAGGCUUUACCCAGAUGACAAGUGAGGUGGGCGUGCGAUUAUUCCUUCAUCUUAGAUAUCAGAUUAUCAACAGCUGUCUCCAGCGUGACGUCCGAGUCCCCACAAAUCUACUAGAAAGCUCCAAACUCGAUCUCUUCCCCCAACUCAAGGAAAUUCUCGGCAACAAACUCAUUCUGAUCAUCGGCCACCUCUCAAACCUACGGGCAGAUAUUCAUGCAAAAGUAUACAAAGACCCUCAGCAGGUUCUGAGCGCAGCCUAUACCAUCGAAGCAGACCUCAUCGCCUGGCUAGCUGCUUUACCGCCAGAUUUCACAUACAGCAACCACACAUUAAUGCCAAUGGACCGUACCUUUGCGCGCCGCUGUCGCGGAAUCCGACCAUACAAUAACGUAUACCACGGUUACCCGGAUAUCUGGGCCCCAAGCUGCUGGAAUCACUACCGUGUCGCACGGAUACUGGUCAGCGAGAUCAUUCUCUCACAUGUCCACAAACUCUCCGAAAGCUCGCCUAUGGCCUCAUUAUCUGAGGACUUCCGCUCUUACUGCAAUACACUACGCUCAUCAAUUACGAGACUCGGCCUCGAUAUUUGCCGCAGUGUUCCCUUCCAUUUUGGCGCUUGCAAUUCAGAAAUGGUUACCGAAAUACCCAUGCUGCCGUCCGACAGUUACCUAGGUGGACUGAUGCUACUCUGGCCCCUAUUCAUUGCCGGUAUGGUGCAGGGACCAAAACACCCGCAACGUCUGUGGGUGAGGGAGUGCCUAGAUGUAAUAGGUCAUACUAUGGGUAUUGACCAGGCGCUUGCUAUCAAAGAUCUGCUAGCCGUCGACCCGGGCAUGUUCCAUUCCGUUGAAAAAUACGGCGAAGCGGCUGAUCCGUCUACUGGGUCGCCGGAUGUUCUUUCUAUUUCGAUUUUCCAUGUGCCAUACUAUGAGCUCCCGGGGAUAAAAGAGUAUCGUGAGAUUCGUGCCUCGUCAGCUUAA